AUGCCGUCUACCCUCUUCUGUUUGGGGGUGGGUGUGGUCUUAUUCUCGCUGGCUCCGCCCACCCGGUCGUUUUCCCGCGGUGCCAGCCGCACCUCCUGUCAAGAAAUGAUUCCCGGUCACAUUCGUGCUCAACCCCAGGACCCGCAGCGCAGCUUCGUCACCCUGCGCACAUCUGCCUCCUCUUACCUGCCAGGACAAUUAAUUACAGUAACUGUCCGAAGCUCUCGGGACUUCAUGGGUUUCCUGCUCCAGGCCCGGAGCGUGGAGGGGUCCGGGGGCAGGGCUGGAGCCGGGGGCAGAGCUGGAGCUGGAGUCAGGGCCAGAAGUGGAGUCGGAACAGGCAUCAGGUCCACAAGAGCCGGCCCAGUGGUGAUGGGUGGCUCCUGGACGCUCACUCCUCCUGGAACUCACACCCUGCGCUGCCUCUCAGAAGGCGACACCCUCACCCACUCUGAUAAACAGCUGAAGAGAAACCUUUCGUUUGUGUGGAGAGCUCCUGAUGCACCCAUGGGUGACAUACGUUUCUACAUCACAGUGGUGCAGUCGUACUUUGUGUAUUGGGCAGGUAUUGAGUCUGCAGUGGUGCAUGAUGGGAGUCGCAGCUCUUGGAGUGGGAGCAAAACCACAAAGGUUGAUGGAGAAACUCCAACUUCUGCACUGCAGGAAUAUGAAGUUACUGCUCUGCCAGCUCUCAGAGCCUACAGCGCAUCAAACAAACCAACAAAUGAGACAGCCAACCCUGCUACUACCACAGGACACAGUCUACCAAGAAGCAGUGGAACCCAACGCUACAGGUCCCUGGAACCAGUCACCCGUCCCAGCCUUGGCAGAGACCACCUGACCAACCAGGCAGUUCAAACCUCCCAAUUCAAAUCCCUUCCCCAUUCCAUCACAAUUUCAACCCCAUCCCAGGCCCAACCUAACAAACCCUACAAGUCUGUGAGUGAUAUAACCAAACCUCAGGCUGAAACCAGUCCAUCCAACCCUCAGCUUCAAACAACUGCCCCUCUGAGGAGCUACACCAAAGCUCUGUCCCAAACUAUCCCCACUCAAACUCCCCAGACAGACCAAUCCCAUUCGGACACACCACCUGAGGCUCAGAGUAUCUCUCCCCUACCACAGCCCCAUUCCCAAACUGGUGCAGCCCCAGACUUCACCUUUGAAUUGAAGCAAACUCAAUCCUCAGUAACUCCUACAUCCUUGAACUCUCUACUUCUCACAUCAAGGUUUUACCCAGUCUUUGCUACAAAUCAGGGAAAAGAGGUCACAAAUCAUCAGUUUCAAACAAAUAUCAAAACCACUACCGUAAUUUUCCCUUUCCCCUCAACCACUCCGUCACCUAUGUCUUCCGGGUCUACCCUUCAAUCUUCAGCCUCGUCUUCCUCUCCUCGUUUGCCUCCAUCUACUCUUAUCAAUCCUAGAUCUACCACUCCUCUUUAUCCCUCUAGAAGUUCCACCGAGGUAAGGGUACAUCCAUCUUUAAGAUCAACAUUGUUCACCCAUUCCUCAUCCUCCUCUUUAAAAAAACAACCCAAAACAGCUCCUGCACGAUCUGCUCCUCCUUCCCCAAUUUCUGUUCCUCCUCAUUUCCCAGCUGUCCAACCUUCCCCUACUUAUCCUGUGCCGUACUCAAACUCUUCCGACAACCCAUCACCAGCUCCCCUGUUUCCCCCGGUCCCCUCAACUAAUCCUUCCUCGUCUCCCUUUACCUCUUCGAAGUUGAACACAGGUUCGACCUUUUCCUCAUCCUCUUCUUCCGCCAUCUCAUCAGCCCUCCCCUCCACUGACUCAUCCACCUCUUCCACACCCUCUGCUUCACCUUCACCUCCUCCUUUGACUGGACUAGCAUCUUCCUUCUCACUGGGUUCCUCGUUUUCUACGUCCUCCCAGUCUACCUCCCCUCACCUAGGACCCUCUCCAGCUCCCCUUCGCUCUCUCUACAACCCCCCCAUGUCCUCUCCUUCCCCUGUGCCCUCCCAGAAGCUGACCAUGGGCCAGAGUCUGCUGAUCCAGAAUCACAUUGCCCCAUCAGAUCCUCAGCCCGACCUCACCCCAGCAACACAGAGAACAGUGGUUCAUCCGAAUCCUGAACCUCAUCCAAACCUCGACCCAAACUUCAAACUAAAUCUCGGUUACGAGUUGAAAACACACCUUCCCAAAACUGAUACUAAACCAAAACGUCCUCCCAAUCCCCCUGGAACUCCAGACAAAGAGGGGAAGUAUCCAGACAUUAUCCCCAGACACAGUGCCUGGGAGCUGGGCAUGCUGCUGGGCUGCUCAGCUGGCUUAGGCAUGGUGCUGGUGGUUGGGGUGAGGUACAUGUACCGGCAGGCCUGUGGUAAACGGACAGAGGUGACGCUGAACGACAGGGAGAGAGAACACGAGGAUGACAAACACCAUGUGGUGGACACUCUUUUCACAUGA